AUGGCAUCACUUCCUACAGACUUCCUUUCGACGGCAGUGUCUGGCACUAAAGUGACACGCAUCAACUUCGCCAAUACACCACUACCAGAAUAUGCUGACCUACAAGCUUAUGUUAUUGACAAUGUCCUGAGCUCAUACGAAUGUGCCACUCUUCUCUCAGCAGCAGAAGCAAGCGGUCCCUGGCAAUGA